AAAUUCAGGAAGUACCGUUUUUCGAGUCAGACGACACGUGACAAGAUCAUAUGAUCAUUAUCACAGCGGAGUCGAGCUGUGAAUGUUUUUCUUUUGAUUGAACAUGACAACAGCUUUGACUCAAGGGCUGGAGAGAAUCCCAGACCAGCUGGGCUACCUGGUCAUCAGUGAAGAUGGAGUCCUUGCUGUGAGUAAACACCAUACUUUUACAAUAAAGAGGGUGGCUGGGAUUAUCAUGCAGAUGGUGCAGACAGCCUGCAAGUUUAAGCUGCAGGGCAGCACAGAGCCCCCCUUCAAGCGCAUGUCAGUGGUGUUUGAGGAUCAUGUCUUCAUGGUGACCGUGUCUGGGCAGAAGGUCUUUGUGGUGAAACGGCAGAACAACCAGCGAGAGCCAGUUAACGUCUAGAGGUGUGAGGGUGGACCCGACGCUGCCCAGAGAUGCCUUUUCUCCAAGCAGUAGUGGAAUGAGGCACACCGGGAGCCAAACAGAACUGGGGGAUUUUGUGGCACAGGCAUAUCCACUCUUGUGAAAGAGGAUCGGAGACCUGGAAGGGGGGGGUUUCCACAUGCUCCUGUGUCACAGUACAGCAGUCUGUUGAAGCUUUUGAUAUCACCUUUUGGUCUCGUAAUGAAUUCAGCAGUGUCAGCAAUAAAUUGAUUUCUGGGCGUGGGCAAUAAUGUUAGCUUAAUAAUGCCUGCUGUGAAAUGGUUAAAGGAAAUAUUAGUAAGUCUCAUUUGCUCCAUCACCUAUUUGUGACCUGCACAGAAUGUGCUGUGUGUAUCUUAACUAAUCCCAUGCUGUUAAGUAACCGUGCUGCAACCCAUUAUAUAAGCAGUAAAGCUUUAUACUUUGUUCCAGUUUGUGCUUUUUUCCCUCAAGAAAUAUCCUGCAUUUUUAAUAUUAUCUGUUCAUCCCAUAACCAUUGGAGACAUCUCUUUUUCUCAACAGCUCCCAUCCUUGUGGGUUUAUGUGUAUCCCUAUAUUAUAAAGGGUGGAAGAUUAGCAGUGUAUAUUUUGACCAGUUGAGUAAAUACGUAAGUCAAAACAUUCAGGUUUAGUCCUGAAUACUCGGAUAAUGAAUCCCAAAGAAAAGUCACAAGUACUGGACCUUACAAUUUAAAAAGCUGUACCGCUUUUGCACAGUCAGCUGUUUAACUGUCUGCUUAAUUAUUGAACUAGGUUUUAAAAUUAAGGAGCUAGUUUUACCAAAAUUCUGUGAGGAUAGUUUGGAAGAGGUUCUGUCUGUUUACCCCAACCAAAUGCUGAAGAGACAUACAGGACCAAUGAUAUAAAUCAUGUUCUCAUUCUCUUUUUGUGAUAAGUCCUCUGUGGGCAGAAUCACUUUAGCAGAAUUAUUUAUUAUUGUAGUUUAACUUUGUAAUUGAGUAUAUUAUUUGUCUGUUAAGGUUUGAUCUUCAGCAUAACUAAAGAAUAAAGACAUUGCUCUUUCAGCUUUUGUCUUUGUGUAAUAUAUUCACCAAAAUAAUAGUGUGUGCAGCCCUUUCACGGAUUGUAUGUUUUGUUUUGUGUGGAAAGCAAGUGUUGUUCAAAUAAAAUGAAUUCAGAUAAUUGCA